AGAGUAGAGCAGAACAGAGUAGAACAGACUAGAGAAGAGAAGAGCAGAGUAGAACAGGGAAGAGAACAGAGCAGGUUAGAGGACUCCAACUGCCGUUUGGUUGACAACACAACCCAGGUUAUAAAGAUAUAAACAGUCGUAGAAAAUAUAAACCGUCAUAUUAUUUAACCGAUGUUUAAUUUGAAGGUACACCCUCUUCUUGUUGGGAUUCUGGUUGUUUUAGCAGGUUCCGCCAGGUGUUCAGAAGAUGAGACACGUCUGGUUAAAACCCUGUUCACCGGCUAUAACAAGGUGGUCCGCCCUGUCAAUCACUUCAGAGAUCCGGUGGUGGUGACCGUAGGCUUGCAGCUCAUCCAGCUCAUUAGUGUGGAUGAAGUCAAUCAAAUUGUGACCAGUAAUGUGCGUCUGAAACAGAUAUGGGAGGACGUGAAUCUGAAGUGGAACCCUGAUGAUUAUAGUGGAAUUAAGAAGAUCAGAAUCCCUUCUACAGACAUCUGGCGUCCCGACCUCGUGCUCUAUAACAAUGCAGAUGGAGACUUUGCAAUCGUCCAUGAGACCAAGGUGCUGCUGGAGCACACAGGUCUGAUCACCUGGAACCCUCCGGCCAUCUUUAAGAGCUACUGUGAGAUCAUUGUGCUUCACUUCCCCUUCGACCUGCAGAACUGCAGUAUGAAGCUGGGGACAUGGACCUACGACGGCAACCUGGUAGUGGUCAACCCGGACAACGACCGGCCUGACCUGAGUAACUUCAUGGAGAGUGGUGAGUGGGUGAUGCAGGACUAUAGGAGCUGGAAGCACUGGGUGUACUAUGCCUGCUGCCCUGACACGCCCUACCUGGAUAUCACCUACCACUUCCUGAUGCUGAGGCUGCCUCUCUACUUCAUCGUCAACGUCAUCAUCCCCUGCAUGCUGUUCUCCUUCCUGACUGGACUGGUCUUCUACCUCCCCACUGACUCUGGUGAGAAGAUGACCCUGUCUAUCUCUGUCCUGCUGUCUCUGACUGUGUUUCUGCUGGUCAUCGUGGAGCUCAUCCCCUCCACCUCCAGUGCGGUGCCUCUCAUUGGGAAGUACAUGCUCUUCACCAUGGUCUUCGUCAUAGCCUCCAUCGUCAUCACCGUCAUCGUCAUCAACACACACCACCGCUCUCCCAGUACACACACAAUGCCCCAGUGGGUCCGCAAGAUUUUCAUCGACACCAUCCCCAAUUUCAUGUUCUUCUCGACUAUGAAGCGUCCAUCCAGGGACAGGCAGGAGAAGAGGAUCCACCCGGCUGACUUUGACAUCUCCGACAUCUCGGGCAAGCCUGCCCCUGCCUCUGUCACCUUCCAGUCCCCCAUCACCAAGAACCCGGACGUCCGCAGCGCCAUCGAGGGGGUCAAGUACAUCGCAGAGACCAUGAAGUCUGAUGAAGAGUCCAACAAUGCUGCUGAGGAGUGGAAGUUUGUAGCCAUGGUCCUGGAUCACAUCUUGCUGUGUGUGUUCAUGGCUGUGUGUAUCAUCGGCACCAUGGGAGUGUUCGCUGGACGCCUCAUUGAGCUGAGCAUGCAGGGCUAAAGGAGAGGCCAUAGCCAGAGUCACCGUGCUCUGGCCACACCCUGGUUCUCCUGCUCGCUCUGACACCUGUCUGCUGUGCCUCUACCCCGACUCAUCUGGAAAUGACAAUCAAUCGAUUGAUUGGAUCGUGGAUUGAAUGUAACUGGUCCAGUGAGGUGUUGUUAUUGUAGCUUCUUUUCUGCAUGGAGAUUACAGUUGAAAAUAUGAACAUUCACAGCACUCGGUGUUGAGAAGGUGUCCCGCUGUCAGCUGUCUGUGACUUGAUGGAUCGUAUUUAAGGAACGAUGGUUAACCUACCUAACGAGGUGAUUCCUUUAUUUCUAACCAUCCUUCAUCAUGUGGAACGAAGGAUGCAGAGUAUGUUGGUUUAACAAACUCUGCAUAAUGGCUCUGAUUGGGAGCACUCUGGCACUCUUAUGGGACUGUGGAUGAGGGAGCUCACAUUAUGGCACUGUGGAUGAGGGAGCUCACAUUAUGGCACUGUGGAUGAGGGAGGUCACAUUAUGGCACUGUGGAUGAGGGAGCUCACAUUAUGGCACUGUGGAUGAGGGAGCUCACAUUAUGGCACUGUGGAUGAGGGAGGUCACAUUAUGGCACUGUGGAUGAGGGAGCUCACAUUAUGGCACUGUGGAUGAGGGAGCUCACAUUUUUAUUCUUUAUUUGUUUUAUUUUACCUUUAUUUAACUAGGCAAGACAGUUAAGAACAAGUUCUUAUUUUCAAUGACGGUCUAGGAACAGUGGGUUAACUGCCUGUUCAGGGGCAGAACAGCUCGGGGAUUUGAACUUGCAACCUUUCGGUUACUAGUCCAACGCUCUAACCGCUAGGCUACCCUGCCGCCACAUUAUGGCACUGUGGAUGAGGGAGGUCACAUUAUGGCACUGUGGAUGAGGGAGGUCACAUUAUGGUACUGUGGAUGAGGGAGAUCACAUUAUGGUACUGUGGAUGAGGGAGCUCACAUUAUGGUACUGUGGAUGACAGAGAUCACAAGCAGCUGGUAGUGCAUCUCGCCGUUGUUGCAUGAUCAUUAUCGACGAUCAGAAGAUCAGUUUGAAUGAGUUUCUCAACCUUGAUUUAGAAGUGGGCCUGUCUUGUCAAUAAAGAUGACAGUGCAGGGGCUUCUGGGAAACUACAUGAUGUUUUAUCUUGUCCGAUGUUAGGGUUUUCUCUCCUCCUUCUGCCAAAUGUCAUCACGGUUCUAUUUUUAGAUUUGGUUAAAUGUCAAAAUAAAAUCUACUUCCAGAUAA